AAGCGUAUUCUUUUAAUGACUCCAGUAAAAUUAAGCAUCAAGUAAACAAAAGUGGAGAAGAACCUACACUUUCAACUUGUCUCACUAGUGCCUAAAUGUAGUGGAAAGGCUGCUUAAAUUUUGUAUGUAGUUGGAUUUUUUUGGAAGCUGAAGGUAUCCAUCUGCAGACAUAGAGGCUCAAGUUGAAUUUGGAUUCAAGUGGAUUCUUAAUACUUCUGCCUGUGUUGAAGAGCGAAGCUUCAUAAGGAAUAAGCAAGUUGAAUAGAGAAAAUAGUGAUCAAUAAUAGGCAUUUUAGUGGUCUUUUUAAUGUUUUCUGCUGCGAAACAUUUCAAGAUUUAUUGAUUUCCUCCUCUCCCAUUUUUUCCCACCACACUCACUCACGCACGCUCACACUUUUUAUUUGCCAUAAUGAACCGUCCAGCCCCUGUGGAGAUCUCUUAUGAGAACAUGCGUUUUCUGAUAACUCACAACCCCACCAAUGCAACUCUCAACAAGUUCACAGAGGAACUUAAGAAGUAUGGAGUGACAACUUUGGUUCGAGUUUGUGAUGCUACAUAUGAUAAAGCUCCAGUUGAAAAAGAAGGAAUCCACGUUCUAGAUUGGCCAUUUGAUGAUGGAGCUCCACCCCCUAAUCAGAUAGUAGAUGAUUGGCUAAACCUGUUAAAAACCAAAUUUCGUGAAGAGCCAGGCUGCUGUGUUGCAGUGCAUUGUGUUGCAGGAUUGGGAAGGGCUCCUGUGCUAGUCGCACUUGCAUUGAUUGAAUGCGGAAUGAAGUAUGAAGAUGCUGUUCAGUUCAUAAGACAAAAAAGAAGAGGAGCAUUCAAUUCCAAACAGCUGCUUUACUUGGAGAAGUACCGACCUAAGAUGCGCUUACGCUUCAGAGACACCAACGGGCACUGCUGUGUUCAGUAGGAGUAGAGGAAGGCUGGCUGGAUCGUGGCAUUAGAGGGAACUCUUGGUACCUGGAAAUGUGAAUCUGGAUUCUUACCUGUGUCAUCAAAGUAGUAAUGGAUUCAGUACUUCUCAACUCCUAAUGAUUGAGAAGAAGGCAAAUGAUAAAGAAAUCCCUCUAUUACAUGAAUAAAAUGUUUAAGAAAAGAAAAAAGAAAGGAAAAGGGAUUAAUUUAGUGGAAGAUGAUUUUGCUCCUAGUUUUGGAGUUUUGAUUUAUGCCAGGAUUGAAUUAUUUCAAAAUCUCCUGUGUUUUUUAAGCUUUUUCAAAAUAGAUGUCUGAGUAAAACCAGCAGCAUAUUAACCAGUGUGGAGCCAGUUGCUGGGGAGCACACACUUCCAUUAUGCUUGGCACAUAGGUCUCCUUGGGUUGGGAUUUGGGGGGAGGUAGAUUUUCCCUAUCUUCUCUCUUCCUGGCUCCCGCCCUUCUCCUGAUCCAUGUAGAUGGAAUAGAAAGAAGCCCUUGUUGCUGUAGAUGUGCGUGUGUCUGGCAGCCUUAAGCCCACCUGGGCACUUUUAGGAAAAAAAAAAACCAAAAAAUAAAUAAAUAAAAAUAAAAGCAAAGAAAAGGCAGUGGCGCAUAUAUUCUGUGGUCCAGGUGGUUUCUAGUCUAUUGAUGGAUGCUUAUAUUAGUUUUUUUUUUUCCCCCUUGUAUCCCUGAUCUACCAUUAGGGUGUAUGAAAGGUAGCCAGGAGCCUUUAGUUUUGUGAAUGGUGAGGAAAUGACAUACUAAGUGGAGUCUCUCUCCUGUAAUUUAGCUGAGAAUCCUUUUUCCCAGCAGGGAAGCGAGUGGGCCUCCUUGAAACUUUAUUGCAAACUUUAUUGCAGAGAUGACUGGAGGCCACUGCUGGUGUGUCCAGGAGAGUUAGCUUGUUUCUACAAGUGUAGAACUGUGGGCUGUGGAUCUACUGUCUAACGAUGCCAUGGAAAAGAGGUCAUCUUAAAACUUUAGAACUGAGUUCAGAAAUAGUCAAAGGAGCAACAGAACAUUCAUAGUAUUUUGGUCUUGAGAAAUGCCUAUGGUAGUGGUUUUCCAAAUUAUUCUUUAUUUGUACAGUUCAGUGUAACCACCUAUCACCUUGUUAGUACUAGAUUCUCCUGAGAUUACAAAAGAAAAGUCACCGUCAGAAGCAACCUUGCCUAGUGAGUAUGUGUCCACAAGCUGUAACGGAAGAGCAGCAGCACGCAGCCCAGCGAGCAGCACGCGCUCACAGCAUUGUGUGGAAGUGUGUGGGUUCUCUGCUCAGCUUGUUGGUACAGAGAAGCUGUUUUUCCUUAUUUGCAGAAGGCAGUUGACUAGACAGAGCAAGUAGAGGGACACCUCAGUGUACCCUCUUCACCUAAAUAUUCCAUACUCAACAGCACCCUGCUACAAGCCUUGAGUGCAGCCAUCAGUGGAUUUUUAUUGUGUAGAGCUAUAUAAGCUUGCCAUUUUGUUCUUGUCAGGCCAGCAGGAUGUAUGACAUCUCAUUGACGGUACCUCAGAUGCCAGCAGCUUUCUGAGUUGACUGCUUACUGUUGAUGGAAUUGUUUUGAUUUUUAACUAAAUGCAAAUACCUUCCUGCCUCAUCCCAGAAAAUGAAAAAUAAUGCUUUUGACACUUUCUAGAAUUUUAAAGUAAAAAAGAUGAUAUAGUCCAAAAAUUCUUACUUCAGAGCAUGGCAAUAGAUUCCUUUAACAAAGACUCAAGAUCAGAAUUUCACCCUUUAAGUUUAGGUUGACUGUUAACUCCUCAGGGGUUUUGAUCAAUACCACCCAAACCUUUUCCACUUGACAUGCUCAGAAUUUUGGUGUGUGUGUAUUUGUUCAUGAGCACAAUAGCACCCAUGAGGGUCUGCACAUGCAGGUGUCCACCAGCAUCAGUGCUUACCAGAGACAGAGUGUCACUCCUGUGUCCACCAGCAUCAGUGCUUGCCCGAGACAGAGUGUCACUCCUGGGUCUGGGGGAGAAGGGUGUGUACAGGAACAUAAGGCAGCCCUUUGUCUUAAGGAAGACUAAUGUUAAUUGUUCUCAGAACUGGACCUUUUAUCCCCCCUCAAAAUUAAACCUUUUUUUUCUUUUGGAUUUAAUGAAGUAUUGCUAACUGAAGCCAGUUUGUCUUGUGAGAGAGGUUAGACUGACGGAAAGUGUGCAGCCUGAUUUACAACCAAACUCUGAACCCUUUUGAAGAACAAUAAAACAUAUUUUACAUGC